CUCUUAUCAUCUACAUCCUUAUCAGCAGACCCCGCACGCCCGCCUUUGUUUUCUCCCUUGUAUCUUUCUUUACCCCCUCCUCAAUCCCACCCUCAAUAAAACCAAGCAACCAACAAACAAUAUCCAUCAACUCCCUAAUAUUCUAUAUUACCCACAACAUGUCCUCUGAAGAGAAUACAACAUUCCAAAUCCACUACUUCGCCUCCGCAUCCACCUACACAGGCAAACAAUCCGAACGACUCCCCGCCCCCUUACCGCUGCCGAAACUCUUCGAUACCCUUGAGUCCAUGUACCCGGGGAUCAAAGAGAAGGUGUUGAGUAGUUGUGGGGUGAGUCUAGGGGAUGAGUAUGUGGAUGUUGAGGCUGAUGGGGAGGUGGCUAUUAAGCCUGGGGAUGAGGUUGCGGUGAUUCCGCCGGUUAGUUCGGGGUGAUCAACGGUCUACUCCUAUUGGAAUGAGUGGUAUUGGUUACUUGUG